GGGUUCGGUGCAUUGGACAGCAGGAAAUUUUUGGCAGAUCGCGAGGGCAUUUUGUCAACCGCAGAAGGACCGCGACCGUGGUACAAUUGACUUACCUUCGGCCGCUCGUCCAUCACUCCCGGUCGUUUCUGCCACAGCACCAAGAUGCAUUCUGUGCGCCGUGCCGCUUUGAGGGCGGCCCUCUCUGCCUCCAGGGUUGUUUGCAACCAGGCGAACUCCACGCGACUGGCCACCAGGACCGCCGCAGAAUGGAAUUAUACGAGGCCAGCCUUGCCGCAUACUCUCCGGUUCUUCUCGCAGACGGUGCGCAAGGCCUACGAGAACAGAGAAUUGGAGCAGGCGCAGCGCAAGGACGAGGAGAACUUCGAGAAGCAGGCCGCCGCCGACGCCCGUGAGGACGUUGAGACCGAGGCCGACAUUCAAGAAGCUAUGCAGGAGGUGUCGCCAUCGUCAUCGGAAGAGCCCGGAUCGCCAUCGUCAUCAGAAGAGCCCAGACCCGCGCCAGGUGCCAUGUCGAAAGCUCAGGAAAUCCAGAACAGCGUCUUCGUUCGCAACCUUGUGUUCGAGGUCACCGAAGAGCACCUGCAGAAGGCCUUCUCGAAAUACGGCGAGGUUGCGAGCACCUUCAUCGCGCGCGACCCUCGCGGUUUGAGCAAAGGCUUCGGCUUCGUGACAUUCACCACGCCCGAGGCGGUGGAGACCGCCUGCUCCCAGGUCAACGGUUCAUUCUGGCACGGCCGUCGCAUUACAUGCGUUCGCCGGACGCAGCCAGCCCCAGCCGGGGUAAAGAAACCCGCCAAGUCGCCGCCGGGGCCGACUGCGCAGCUCUUCAUCGGCAACAUUCCCUACGAGACGACCGACGCCGAGCUGAACCGGCUCUUCCGGGGUAUUGAGAACCUGCGCGACGUGCGCGUGGCUGUCGACCGCACUACGGGCUGGCCCCGUGGCUUUGCGCACGCCGAUUUCACGAGCAUCGAGGCGGCCAUCGAGGCAAAGAAGAGGCUGGAGGGCACAAUGCUCGGCAACAGGUUGCUGAGAGUUGACUUCGCCACCGGAUAUCAGAGACGCAGUAGGUCACCUCCGCAACAGCAGCCUGUUGAGGAUGCGGAGACGGAGCAGUGAAAAGGAAGAGGUGGCUGCAAGAUAUCCAUCUUUAUCGUGGCGGAAAAGGAGGGUGUCAGUCUCGGUGGGCGAGUUCAGGCGCUCGCCCUGGGACUUCUGUAACACAUGAAGAACGGUGCUUCUCUUCCAAGAGCAUCUGUGUAUAAUAAGUAAGGUACUCCAGGAUUAAGGUGCAUUAGAAAAGGUACAGGUAGCUGUGCACUGCUAGUGUUAAAUUGAAUGAACAAAUGUCCGGCCUAAAACCCCGACUUCCAA